GGGGGGGCGGGGCUGUACCACGAGCGGCAGCGGCUGCAGCUGUGCGCGGUGCACGCGCUCAACAACCUCCUGCAGCGGCAAUGCCUGAGCCGGGGGGGGGCCGAGGACAUCUGCAAGAGGUUGGCCCCCGGCGCGUGGCUGAACCCACACCGCAGCCUCCUUGGCAACUACGAUGUGAACGUGGUGAUGGCAGCACUGCAGGCACAGGGGCUGGCGGCCAUCUGGUGGGACAAGAGGCGGCCCCUGGAGCGCUUGGUGCUGCCCCAGAUCUUCGGCUUCAUCCUGAACGUGCCAUCGGGGCCGUUGCUGGGGCUGCUCCCGGUGCCCGCGCGGCUCCGGCGCCAGCACUGGCUCUCCCUGCGCUGCUUCCAGGGCGUUUACUACAACCUGGACUCCAAGCUCCCGCAGCCCCAGCCCAUUGGUGGCGAGGAGGAGCUCAGGGCCUUCCUGCAGGAUUUCCUCUCCCAAGGCCUCUCGGAGCUGUUCCUGGUGGUGCCCCACGACGUGGAGGAGAGCAGGGCCUGGCUGAGCGCCGAGUGAGGGGGCUCCCAUUGGGCUCCGGUUGGGCUCCGGUUGGGCUCCCGUUAGGCUCCC